AGUUCUGUUACAGUUUUCAGCUGUAAAACAUAACUUAUUAGAAAAUUGUGAAUUUCACAACGUGUCCAAGCUUCCGCUCCAACUGCAAUAAAUUCUUUAGAACACUAGUAUAUUGUACAACAAUUGUAAACGGAAAUCUCGUGUGAUCGUGACUACUUAAAUUUCCAUGUUUGUUUAAUUGUCGGGAUCGUUUGAAAGCAAAGCGUUACAAGAACAAGAACAAUACGGUGCGGACGUAAUCUGUGUAAUGUCCACUUUUUACUGUUCGAAGUUUAUCCAUCGUGUCGUAUAUCGCGUGACUAAGUGUCAACACCAACAACCACAACAAAAGUAUCAAGUACUCUUAAAAAGGCUAUAAGCAUUUGCAUUGAGCAUAAAGAGACUUCUCAAAAAGCAUUAAGAAAAAAAAAACAACAAAUAUAAAAUACAACAAGAAAAGAACUUUUACCAAAAAGCAGCGUUAAUUCCAACGAAUGUCAUAUAAAUUGCCAUUACUGCAAACGCCGCAUAUCAGUGUCGAGUUAAUCACCAAGCAUCAGUCUAAGGCGCUAAUCCAGUAAAGCACACACAUACACGCGCCCGCGCACACCAAUUGAAUUAUUUCGAAAUUUUGUGAAAAGGCGACAUAACGAGUCCCAACAGCGAUACCAGAGCGUGCAUAGGAACGGCAGCAAAAUCUCGUUAACAGUGCGAAGAUACUUUGCCAAAACGGAGUCCAUACGAGGACCUAUGUCAUCACAAAGCUAUCUAUUGUUAUUACUGAAAAUCAAUUCAAAUCUACAAUCGAGGACUCAACAUAAUCUAGAGGUGAUAAAUUCAUUCAUAACAUAACACGAGCACAGUUGAUUUGCGAGUUUCACAACGUCAAGAAAGCGAACCUACAAAUUAGCUGCUGCCCGCCUGCCAAACGUAAAAAGAAAGAGAUAAAUAAUUAGCGAGUGAGAAAACUCAAUUUCGGUGCAAUCCAAGAAAGUAAAAAACUUAUCCUGAACGUGUAAUCACGACGACUAUAACGACAACGACGAAAAGUUAUCCUUCAAGAGAAAAUUUUGUUUACCGCAAUCAUUCAUAACCGAAGGAAAAAGAAGAAAAUCAAUAAAAUGAAUAUAAACAUAUUAUUAAUAGCACAGCUUGUGCUCUUUGCCGCCUGCAUACAGGGCAGAGCCAUUGAAGAUGUCGACAAUUCGAUUGAGAAUACCGGUGAAGGUGACGGUGAAGGACAAACGGAAAAACAGCGUUCACCCUUCGAGCAUGACUGGAUUAAAUUCGCCAAGAAACCACCAACCAAACUGCUGCAGUCGCUCGGUCAGCCCGUUGAGAUUGCCUGCGAAGUGAUGGGCUCACAAGUGCCCACCAUACAGUGGGUGGUGGGACAUUUGCCGUUGUCUGAGAUCGACAGCGUUGAAUCCAAUGUUAUAUCCGAAUCAUCACCGAGCGCCAUCGUGCGUGUACGAUCUGUACAUGUCAUCGAUCAUAUGCUGAGUGAGGCACGCACCUACACAUGUGUCGGUCGCACCGGUGGCAAGACCAUUUACAGCUCCACAAUUGUCUAUCCACAAGCGGACAUGAAGGAGCUGGUGCAAGUACGCGACAAACCAUUCCCUGGUCCACAGAAACCACGCAUUGUCUACCACGAAAAACUCCAUUUGGAUUUGGUCGACUCGAAUAUUGUAUUGCCAUGCAAGGUGCAUGCUCGUCCACGUGCUGAGGUCUUCUGGAUGAAUGGUGAAGGCAAAUUAAUUGAGCCAAAUCAUCGUUUCAAAAUUUUGCCAUCCGGUGAUUUGCUACUCUCGAAUAUCAAGUGGGAAGAUAUGGGCGCCUACAGGUGUAUAGCACGCAAUGCUAUGGGAAAGGAUACUGCGGAUACGUUUGUCUAUCCAGUACUUAAAGAAGACAAAUAAACCAAUUUUGGAUAUGUGAAAAUGUCGUCUCCCCACCUAAAACAAACACACACACACAUGUAAACACUAUACAAGGCAGUUGUACGUAUGUAAAUGAAUGCACACGAUAAUAAGAAACGGUUCCUAAGUGAAAUAUGAUACCAUUGUAUUGUACGUUUUAUUAUAGAUAGUUUAAAUGCCUGCAAAGGUGCUACCCCAUAUUUGCGUAUGCUUUUUAAAAAAUAAAAAAUAAAAAAAAAAAAAAAAAAUUAAAACUAAAAAAACAAAUUAAAAAAACACAAAAACGUUUCCAAUAAUACAAAAAAAGCACAAAAAUAUUAAAAAUAAAAAAAAAAACAAAUUAAAAAAUUUUAAAAUAUUUUUUAAAACUCUUGAAAAAAAUAUAAGAAACACAGAAAAAUGUACAAAAAAAACAUACCAAAUAAUAAUAGGCUAUUUUAUUAAAUAAUUAUGUAAACAAGUAUAUACACAAAUGAAAAUAUGCACACAAACAAAAACGCUAAUGAAAUGUAACCAGCUCAGAUUCUUACUUUAAACCAAGUAUACUUGCAACGCUUGCCUUGCGCAUGCUUAACUGCACACAAGCACAUACACAUACAUAGGCACACGCCGCAAGUCGGCAAAGCUACAAAUAAACGCAUUAAAACUAAAAAUUAUAUCAGCGUUCUGUUGUGCGCGUAUACACAAGUCCACACAUACACACAUACAAACACAUGCAGUUAACAAGACUUUGUUUUUAAUAUUAUAUAAUUAUGUAUUACCUUAUUUUCUAAAUAUACUAGCUCAAAAUUUCUCAUUGGCAAAUUGCAAAAUCUGUUUUUUUUUUGUCUAACUGCCUACAACAAAAGCAGCUAAAUGUUUAUUUAUUAUUUUUCCGUCUCGAAUGCAUUCACAGCGCUUGCAAGUAGGAAACUUCACUUGUCUAACAACUCAACUUUUUGUCUUCGAAAUGAUUUGUGUUUUAGUUCGUAGUUUGCAUUAGUCAUUAGUUUGCUAAUUUUUUACAACAACAAUACCAGUCACUUAUAUGUGUACAUUUAAUUUAGUUUUAGUUGAUUUAAUUUAAAUUUAAAGAAUAAUAGUUUAAAAAUUGGCCGUACUUAAUUUUCACUUAACUGAAAAGUAUUUAAUAUUUUGUUAAAACACACAAUGUAUUUACAUAAACACAUACACACACAACUCACGUAUACAUAAAUACCUAUAUAUAAAUCUCAACUUAGCAACGCCAAUACAUAAGCAUACACACAUACAAACAAGAAUCCAUUCAUAUCACUAAGCAUUAAUUUAUUUAUUUUUACCAAAUAUCUCAUUACAAUAGUUGUUUAGCCGAUUAUAAAAAGAAUACAAAGAAAAAAUAGCAAAAAUGCUGAAAUCAGUAACAACAACAACACACAAGCAGAUGCAUAUGCUCUCUAAUUUAUAUUAAUUUAAUAUUGUAAUUCCACACAUUUACUGAUUUAAGUUGUUUUCCGUUAUUUUUUCCAUAGUAAACUUAUUAAAUUAAUAUAUACAUAUAUGUUUAAUUAAGUUAAUUACAUUUAUGUAUAAUAUGGUUUUAUACUGAACUGAUGUUUAGAAAAGACACACAAUACACCGCUGUAAUAGAAAUAAAACAAGUAAUUUAUGUGUUGAGAUUGUGUAAAAAAUAUACAAUUAAAACUAUGAAAAAAAAUUCAAUAAAAAUUAUAAAAGAAAAUAUA